AUGCGUAAUUCCAGUACGAGCAGCAGUGAGGCUUCACCUGUGGGAGAGACUGAACCUGGUGUAAGCGAAGAGGUCAACGGUGAAGACACCGCCGGCGGAUCUUCAAACGAUACGCAGACUGAUGACGGUGGGCUUUGUCCGAAAUGUGGUUCGAAUGAAGAUCCUCAAUUCAUACACUACAGAAAAUUUGAAAAGCUGGUCGAUUCCAACUAUGGAGCCUUCAUUUGGCGUUACUGCUGCGCUCGGAAGGAUUGUGCUGAAUUUUUUGGCGAUUACUACGCUUAUGAUAAAGUUUCUAAUUCCUUCGUACAAAUUCCUGAAGAGUCGGUGGUCCCAGAGGAACCCAAGAUCGAAAGUGAGCCAGAACCACCCAGCCCACCCAAGGAAGCUGUGCCUGAAGCUAUCGCUCCUGAAUGUUCAGAGGAAGCUGCACCUGUAGAUACUACUCUUGAAUGUUCAGACGAAGCUGCGCCUGUAGCAAUUGCUCCUGAAUGUUCAGAAGCUCCUGCAGCAGAAGACACCUCUGAACGAUUGCCAACAUUACCAUCUGAUGAAAACAUACCUGCUGAC